CCUACCGUGGUCCGUGGGGCGGGGGAAAAAAGGGAGUGGCGAGGGAGGGAAAUCCACAGUGCAUUUGUUGCGCGCACGGACUUUUGGCAGCCAUUCAAUGACCCACCAGACGACGCUGCUCAUCGCUUCCACCCUCGCUGCUGCCUUUUCCCCUGCUUCCCACCACGCCGGCUCCUCGCCUCUCUUUUUCACCCGUUCCUCCUCGUCUUCCUCCUGCUCCCCUCCCGCCAUGGCGUCGUUCGUCGCGCACCACCACGGCUCGCUGCUGGAGAGAGAGGGCAUGAUGUCGUCCGCCCUUGCCCUGAGGAGCAGCCUCAGGCCUUGCGAGGCGGCGGCCGACGAGGUCGCCGCGGCUGGGCCGGCGGCGGCGGACAGGGGUGUCGCCGUCUUUGCGGACGAGUUCUCCGUGGAGGACUUGCUGGACCUCGAGGACCUCUGCGAGGUUGACAACGACUGCUGCGCCGAGCUCGGCGGCGACGCGGCGCCGGCGCCGGGGGCCGUGGAGGACGAGGACAAGCUGUCCAGUGACUCCCACGGGUCGUCGUCGGUGGUGUCCUACGAGCUCAUGACGCUCCCGGUUCCGCACCAGAUGAUUGACCUCCCGUUGCCGGCCCAUGACGCCGAGGAGCUGGAGUGGGUGUCCCGCAUCAUGGACGACUCGCUCGCCGAGCUCCCGCCGCCGCCGAAGCUGCCCGCCGCCGCGUUGGGACCCACCGCCGUGCGGCGGCCGCUGCUGGAAGGCGCGGCGGCCGCUGGCCCUGCUAUGCGGAGGAGCCCGACCCCGACCAUAUGCGCGCUGUCGACGGAGGCGCUGGUGCCCGUGAAGGCGAAGCGCAGCAAGCGCUCGCGGGCGUCCGUGUGGUCGCUGUCCGGUGGCGGAGCCGGAGCGCCCCUGUCGGAGUCGACGACGUCGUCGUCUUCCACGACCACCACGUCGUCCUGCACCUCCUCGUCCGCCUCUUUCUCGCCGCUGCUCCUCCUCCCGGCGGCGGACUCGUCGCCCCUGCUCCUGUCCUCGUCGCAGCUCCUCGUCGACGAGACUACGCCGCGGCCACCCAAGAAGAAGUCCAAGCACGGGAAGCACGGCAGCAAGAGCGGCGGCAAGCCGAAGAAGCGCGGGCGCAAGCCGAAGAAGCACCACCCCAGGCCGCCCCAGUUCGGCGGCGCCGGCUCCGCGCCGGCAACGGCCCAGCAGGGCGACCGGCGCUGCAGCCAUUGCGGCGUGCAGAAGACGCCGCAGUGGCGCGCGGGGCCCGAGGGCGCCAAGACGCUGUGCAACGCGUGCGGUGUCCGUUACAAGUCCGGCCGGCUGCUCCCGGAGUACCGGCCGGCGUGCAGCCCCACGUUCGAGAGCAGCAUCCACUCCAACUCCCACCGCAAGGUGCUGGAGAUGCGCCGCAAGAAGGAGGGGGAGGACGGCCUUGGCCCGCUGCUGCCACCAGUCCCGGCGGCCGCGCCUCUUGGUCUUGGGCCGGCCGUCGUUCGGCCGACGCAGUACAUUUUUUCCUCCCUCCCCGGGUGGAAUUAUUAGACUGAUGUACCGUACUUGGUUUUUUUUUUAAUUUCCACCUCUAUCUUUAGUAGUUAUGCUGUGCUAUUUAGCCAGAAUUGUAGAAGCUUUAUUAGGUCGAGUUAGGUUUAGGAAUUAAGAAGAUUUCCGUGGUUGAUUAGGUUUGUUAGGGUAUGUAUGGCCACAUAGUGUUAAGAACUUGGCGAGGCUCUCCACAGAAAAAGCAUUGUGUUUGGCCUGCCCUAAGAGGAAUGAUGUUGUCAUGUUGAUUGUCGACAAGAUUAUGGCGUGCCUUGGCGCAGAACAAGUAACUGACUGCCCUUGUUGUAAUCGAGAGUAUGGUCAGACGAGGAGAUUAUCAGCCGAA